AAGUGAAACAGGGAGAAACAGAACUUCUUCUUUUCUGUUUGUGUUCAGAGAAAAAAAGAGACGCUAACAGGAUGUAGAACUUCCAACAACUUUCUGCACAUUUGAAGUCAGUGAACGCAUCGUCAGACCACUUAUCUGGCAUCUCGACAGCUGCAGCCUCUGAUGCAUUUCAAGCCCUGAUGGUCCUCAGAGAACCUUCCUCCGCCUCCUCUUCCUCCCUCCGACCUAAAAAGGAAGCUGUGGUCGAGUCUUACUGAAAAUUAUCUGCAGUCUCGCUUUCAUACUGAGUGUCACUGCACUCAGCGCCGUAGAUCUAAACCAGAUAAGAAACACAAACUGUUCUUCGUUUAUCAUCUGUUUACUGUCAUCCCGUCAUCAUUGCUCCUCCACCAUGGCUUCUUCAGUCCUCCUCCUCUUCCUCAGCCUCUUCUUGAGCUCCGCAGGCUCGCUGAUUCCUCCUCGGACCUCCUUCCUCCUCAACUCGACAGAGAGACCCCUGGUCCACUUCAGCCUCCCUGACGUCCACAACACCACCACGUUGUUGCUUAGCAACGACGGCUCCACCCUGUUUGUUGGGGCACGAGACGCCAUCCUCUCAUUGGAUGUCAAUCAGCAGGAUGUCAUCAGGCUGAAGAAGAAGGUGCAGUGGAGUCCCACUGAGGACGACAUAAACAGCUGCCAGACUAAAGGAAAGAACCCAACGACCGACUGUCCAAACUUUGUCCAUGUGUUGCAACCACUGAACUCCACCCACCUCUACGCCUGCGGUAGCUACGCCUACAGUCCCCACAAUGCCUACAUCGAUGUUGAAAGCUUCUCCAUCCUCCAUCAGAAUGGUGCUAAAGGCCACUGUCCUUUCAGCCCUUUCCAGAGGAGCACCGCCAUCACCAUCGACGGUGAGCUGUUUACCGCCACGACCACCGACUUUAAAGGAGUCCAACCACAGAUUUCUAGAUUCCUCAGCAAAGACCACCGGCCAGAUGUCAAACUGGAGCUUUCCAGCAACUUACUGGAAGAACCAACCUUUGUGAGCUCAUCACAGGACCCAGCAGAGGGGAAACUCUACUUCUUCUUUAAUGAAGUUGGGAAAGAGUUCAACUAUUUGGUCAAACUUAGAAUCUCUCGGGUGGCUCAAGUCUGCAAGAGUGAUACUGGAGGUCAAAGGAUUCUGCAGAGGAAGUGGACGUCCUUUGCCAAAGCCCCUGUGCUCUGUCAGUCCCCCAAACAACUUCUGUUCAACAUAGUCCAGGAUGUGUUCACCCUCCAGCCACCAGAGGGCAGCGACGCUGAAGAGACGCUGUUCUACGGUGUCUUCACCUCUCAGUGGUCCAGAAGCCCAGAGUCUGCAGUUUGUGUAUUUAAGCUCAAGGACAUCAGAGCUGUGUUCACGUCCACUUAUAAGACUUUGGACACGAAGACCAACCAGUGGAAGCUUCUUCUGCAAAAAUACUCCCACCUGGGAAAGUGUGGACUCGCUGAUUCUCCAGAUUCUGACCUGAUGUUGGUAAAGACGAAUUUCCUGACCAGAGAUGGUGUGAAAUCAGACAACGGGCCGAUUCUUGUUACAUCUGAGCAGCAGUACAGUCGAGUAACCGUGAUGAGGACGCAGGCGGCCAACGGGAAAUACUACACCGUCCUGUUCCUUCUUACAGAAUCUGGCUUCCUCCACAAGGUGGCUUUGUUUGAUCAGGGUGCUCGAGUCAUUGAGGAGAUUCAGGUCUUCACACAACCUCAGCUGAUCAAAAACAUCAUAUUUUCCUCCUCCAAGGGGGUUGUGUAUGUGGGAACAUCUGAGGGCGUGACGGCCGUACCUGUGGCCCAGUGUUUGAUCUACAGGAGCUGCAGCCAGUGUGUUCUGGCCAGAGACCCUCUGUGUGGAUGGAGCCGGACCAGGAAGAUCUGUUCGGGUCUGGACGGCAACCACGAGGACAUGAUUCAAAAUCUGGAGAACAGCAAUGUGGAGGAUGAAUGUCAGGAGGAAAACAGGGCCACUGAAGACAGAGAAGUCAGAGUUCCUCUGAAUGAAGUUGUGAGACUUCAGUGUGUGAAACCAUCCAACCUGGCCACUCUCACCUGGACCUCCUCCCGCUUCACAAGUCUGCAGGAGGAGCUCUUCCUCCAGUCAGCUGAUGGAAGCCUCAGCUUCCUCGCCACCUCCAACACCUUUGGAAGCUACAGCUGCGAGGCUGAGGAAGGUGGAGUCAGGGAAGUAGUUGUCAGGUAUGAUGUCCAGCAGACGGCCACUCCACGCUCCAUGAAGCCCUCAUUUACGCAGGGCAAAGACGAGAUGUUUGAGGACAUCGCAACGGAGGAGCCGACGCCUGCUGGGGGACAAACAGAAGACUACGAUGAAGAGAGAAGAAUAAUUACCCAGAAAGAAGAUCCAGGUCUAAAACACGACUUUACUGAAGAGUCAGAAGGCCACUUGACCCCUUCUGAAGCUGGUAGGACCCUAACUAAAACUGAGUCCAGUAACGGAGGUCUUGGGCUGCAGGGUGGCAGCAAUCUAGACGUCACCUCCACCUCCAGAAAAGAAAGUCAUUCCUUACUGGAGCCUCCAAAACAGAGAAGCUACCACAGCGAGCUGGUGGUGGUCUCCUUCCUGCUGGCGGCCUGCAUCUUCCUCCUGCUUCUGGGAUCGCUCCACAUGUGGAGACAGAAGAAAAGUGGCCACAAAUCAGAUCGUCUGGUUGGUCCGGAGGCAGGAAGCAAGACCAUCACGUCCAUGGAGUUCUGCUCCCUGAGCAGCCCGGAGGAAGCCGGUUCCGAGCUGAAGGAUGUUCAGGCGUAGUGCCUCAGAAAUGAUGCCUCAACCCAGUUCCAUGGAGGGCUGAGCUCCAUGUUUCACCUCUAACUCUGCCCCAGCCUCGGCUCUUCAUUUCCACACAAGGCUCCUUCACACGGAGAUUUGAAACUGAAAUGUGUUUUAUUUUUAGUUCUGGAGAACAUCAGCGUCUCCACUCCUGCUUAAAAACAUGGCAUUGUUCACAGGUUGAGUGGGGUGGAUAUAAGCAUGAACAAUUUUACCCUCAGAGCCAGAAGGUCUUCACUUCAGCCUCUCAGGAGCCGACGCUCUUAGUUUUAUUUUCAUUUAUUUUUAGGUAGAAUUUAAUAGAAAAUUAAUCCAGAAUUCAGAGGAAAACCUUUUAGUCUGAAGAAAAGAGCAUCAGCUUGUUCCUGCAUUUUAAUUUUAAUGUGUGUGUGUGUGUGUGUGUGUGUGUGUGUGUGUGUGUGUGUGUGUGUGUGUGUGUGUGUGUGUGUGUGUGUGUGUGUGUGUGUGUGUGUGUGUUUGGUGAUCGCUUCAACAAACACCCAUUUAUUUUUUACCUUGGAGUUUUUAACCUGGGCCUCGUUUUUCUUUAACUGAAUGUAAAAUAUUUAUUAGCACAGAAAUCAAUGUGACAAAAUGUUUCGACCUGCUGGAGAGUUUUCAAGAAAUACAAGAAGUCAUAAAUAUAUAUAUAUAUAAAUAUAUAUAUAUAUAUUUAUGAAGCCAUAAGCAUUUUUCCUCAGGAUUUCCAUAGAAUGUUUCAUGUCACCAAGUUUCUCAGGUAAAACUAAUCUAGAAUAAUUCAUUCUUAGUUGUAACUUAGUUAUAGUUUUGUAUUAAAGUUAUAAUACUGAGAUCAUAGACUGACUGGCAAAAACAGAAAAAACGAUUUAACUAAGCUACCAGGUCGGAGCCUCAGACGGGAUGAUUCCUGCAGGGCGAUCGUCUUCAGCUGCAUCAAGUUAACUCCAGCUGAUGCAACGAGCAGCUUCUCAUGAGGAAGGACACAUCCGUGGUCGUGGAGAAGAUGUUAGUCUGUUCCAGACGGUUCAGAUCAUCGGCAUCAAGCAGAGAAAACAUCUCAGGAGAAGCAGAAACUAGAACUGGGUUCAGAACUGUCCAACCAUCAUUAAAAACUGGAAGGAUGGUGGGAACCAUCGUCUUCCAGGAAGAAACGUGGUCAGAAAAACUUCCUGAAUGAUGGUGAUUAAUUAAAGGUUUGGUGGAACCAGAUGGAAGAAAAACAGCAGUAGAGCUCAGGACCAUGUUUAAUAGUGAAAGUUAGAACUUUUCCACAUGAACGAUGUGAAGGAGCUCAAGGGACUGAACAGCUGUGGAGCCAGAAGAAAACCACGAACCAGUGAAGCUAACCGGAGAAAAAGGCUUCAGGUUGCUAGGGAGCAUAAAGACUGGACUCUGGAGCCAUGGAAGAGGG